AUGCCGUUCGGCGACCGAGGCGGCCGGUUCGGCGGCGGCCGCGGAGACAGGGACGGCGGCGGCCGCGGAUAUGGCAGAGGCGGCCGCGGUGGCAUGACGAUGCUCGGAAGAGACAAGAGCAAGGGCCGAACGAUGGCCACCGCGAUGAAGCUGUCGGUCCCAAAACCCGUGAACCUCCCCUCCAUGAAGAAGGAGCACUCUGGGAACGAUCCCAACGCGCAGCUGGUUCCGAACGCCGUCCCGGGGGGCUGGACCGGCAAGAAACCCGGCGACGACAAGGGAGGGACCGCGCAACCGGCGCAGACCACCGACGAGGCGAGGCGAGCGCUCCAUCGAGCCGGCGCCUCGUGGGCGUCGGGCGCGCACGCGCCCCGAACCCCGGGCGAACACGGCGACGGUACCAACGCCACCCCCGGGGUGGGUGCGACGGACUCGGGGCCCGCGCACGUGCCCGCCAUCGGCGCGUCGCAGAACCUCCUCCUCGGGGACGAAACCGUGUCCAGGCUCCGGGGCGAGCGAAGGCUGGACUCGCGCGAUUACCCGACACUCGGGGGACCGGGCGACGACAGGGGGGACCCGGCGUCGUCGUACGCGGGCGACGACAGGGACUACAGCAGGCACCACUCGCGCUGGGACGAGGACGAGCGCGGCGGCGGCGGCCGAACCGAUCCGGACCGAUCCGGCCGCCGCGAUCGCCGCGCGCCUUUAGCCGACGGCAACCGCGACGGGUGGGGCCGGGAGCGCGGGAGCUACGGGCACCACGACCGCCGCACUCCCGGCGGCGGGAGGUUCCCGCACCCUCGCGGCUCUGGCGGACCGCGGGACCGGCCGUACUACGACGAGCCCAACCCGUUUAGCGACGACGACGACGACUACGACUAUCCCCCGCCGCCCCCGAGGGGGGGAGGAGGAGGAGGGGGAGGAGGAGGAGUGGAUGGGUACAGGGACGAUCGCGGCGGACACGUGAACGAUCGCAGUGGACACGUGAACGAUCGCGGCGGACACGUGAACGAUCGCGGCGGACACGUGAACGGACCGCCCCGCGGGUACGGCGACGACCGGAGGGGCUUCCGCGGCGGCGGCGAUUUCCGCGACUUUGACCGCCGCGAUCGACGCUCGUCGCACGGGUCCGACGACAGGCGUCGGUACAGCCGCGAGAGUCGCGACGAGGAGCGCGAGGAGGACGAGCGCGACAUCCACCUCCCGCCGCCGAGGUCGAUGAUCGAUUCCGCCGCGGAUGGCGCGUCGUUCGGAGCGACCCCGCGGGGACCGUACUCGCCCCCCGGGCUGGUCGGCGGACCCCAGGGUCGCGGCCUCCCCGGCGGCGUCAAGCCCCCGGGUUCGCCCCCCCAACCGCCGCGGGUCUCCGAGAAGGAGCGAGCCGCCGCCGAGGUGACGUCCUCUCGGGACGCGUUCCAGGCUGAGCUGGAGAGAGUCGCCGCGGAGCAAGAGGCGGAAAGGGAGGAGCGACGCAGGCUGGAGCGCGGGGGGGGCGCCGGCCCCGGUGGCGCCGGCGCCGCCGGGGUAGGGGGCUCCCUCGCGCACCCGGGUCCCGCGGAGUGGGCCGCGACGAGCGGUUUGAAGGUGCUCGGCGGGGCGUCCGCGCUCGUGGACCGAUCGUCCGUCUCCGAGAAGGCGACCCGAGAAGACGCCCAGACGACGAACGAACCGAACCCGACCGAGGGGGGAUGGAAGGGGUGGGGCGGCGACGACGCGGACGAGCGCGGGUCCGCGGACCGCGCGCCGUCCGACGGGGACACCGACGGUACCGACGACGUCGCGGGCGGCGGCGGGAACGGUUUGUCCGACGUGUGUCCGACGUCCGGCCAGGGAGACUCGGCGCGCAAGAAACGCGGGGGCAGGCGAGUCAGGGAAGCGGAGGAGCGGCGCGCGGCGCGAGCAGCCGCCGCCGCCGCCGCAGCCGCCGCCGUCCCGGAGGGCACCGCGGCGUACCACUCCGGCGCGCUCGGCGGGGUCGCAUUCGGCGGCGCCAUCGCGGAGAUUCAGAGGUCCGCAUCCACCGACAUGCUCGGCAAGCAGCGGUCGGCGGCGGCGACGGCUGAUACAUCAACGGCGGCGGCGGCGGCGCUCCCGGCCAACCUAGGAUACGUCGCUCACGCGGCGCAGGCCCAAGCGGCGCAGGCCCAAGCGGCGCAGGCGCAGGCAGAGUGGGCGCACUCGCAGGCGGUGGCGUACGCCGCGCAUCAGCACACCGCGAACAUGUACGGGCGACACGCGGGGCCGAUGCCCUACGGACCGUACGGCGGCUUUGGGACCCCAAUUGCGCAAUCGCCCUACGGCGUCCACCAACCGGGGGGGUACCCGGGCGGGGGACUCGGGAUGGGAUACGGCGGGGGCAUGUGGUCCACGGGCGGGGGCGGUGGGGGCGGGAACGGCGGUGGGGGUGGGGGCGCGGGGAUGGGGUACGGGCAGGGCGGAGACGCGACUUCGGCGGCGGCGGCGGCGGCGGCGGCGGCGGCGGCGCUUCGCGCGCUGGACGCGGGGGGCGGCGGCGGCGGCGGCGGGGUCUCGAGACCGCCGCCGCCCGUGCCCCCCCACGGCGUCCCCGCCCCGAACCCGUACGCGUCGGGGCCGUCCCCCGCGCAGCCGCCGGUCCCCCCGGGUCCGCCCCCGGGCGCCCCGCCGAGGCUGGUGCCGGCGCCGGCGCCGCCCCCGGGUUCCCCGCCGCCGCUACCGAGAAACGCCGAGACUUUGGACGCCCCGUCCCUCGAUGAGGUCACCGGGAUGGGGCCGGAUGGGUCGUCACGCGCCAGGGGGGUGCGCGGCGGGAGGAGGGGAAGGAGCGGAAGGGGCGGCGGGGGGCGCGACGGCCCGGCGCCCGCGUGA